CUUGCUAAACGCCGGUUAACGCUCGUUCACAAUCAUCAUAGCCCGCCAUAAUAUUCUUGUAGAGAGCAAUUGGAAUUUGGCUUGCCUGUAAACAAUUCUAACUUUCAGUUUAUAAAUCCGUUAACCAUAAUGUCUGAUGAUGGGUCAACGGUUGUUGAAAAGAAAGGGCGCGGCAGACCAAAAGCUAAUGGAACUCAAGCUGAAUCCAAAGGUGAUACUAAAAAGAGAGGCCGACCCGCAGCACCAGCAGCUAAGACGAAGGAAUCAAAAAAUUCAUCUGAUGAUGAGCAGGCGCCUGCAGUAAAGAGAGGAAGAGGGAGACCUAAGGGAUCUAAAAAGAGUGCUCCGGCUUCAAAGGCUAAAGGUGGUUCGGGAGAGGCACGAGGUAGGGGUAGGCCACGUAAAGAAGCACCUCCACCCAAAAAAGAUGCAGCUUCUACUGAGGAAGAACAAGACGAAGAUGAAGAAGAUGAGGGAUCUGACCAAUAAACAUGUCUUGUCUGAUAACUAUCGAUCUUAGCGUAAUUUGUUUGUCAUGAUAACUGAACAUGACUGCUACCACAAAAACAAUUUAAUAAAAAUAUUUACAUUAACGCAUACAGUUGUAGAGCGUCUGAUAGCAGCAUUGGGGGUUAUCUUGACAUUACAAAAGUCUCAAUUGAGAUUGUGCUCCCAAAAUUUAAUCAAGUGGAACUAUUGAAUAUUUUGAAAUGUAAGAUAAUUAGCUGCUUUAAGAAUGACUCCUUUUUUGUGAUUUAUUGCAUUUACUUUUAUACCAGAAAAAUAAGUCUCACGUAAUUAAAUUUUGGGUUGACUUAGCUCUCCCUAGAAACGUACAAGUUUAAGAUAU